AUGGUUAAGAAAGACACUCAUCAUAAAGUGUAUGGGCGUGAAAACAGGGUUAGGAUUCCUAAAGUAGCUGCUGCAAGAGUCUUUCAAUUGACUCGAGAACUUGGUCACAGCACUGACGGAGAAACCAUCCAAUGGCUUCUCCGCCAAGCUGAACCUGCAAUCAGACGCCACACUGGAACAGGCACAAUUCCUGCUGUUCCGAUUUCAAGUGGCUCUGCAAGUGUCCCUCAGUCCACCUCCCCACCAUCUGUCUUUGCACCUCUCAAUACUAGUUCAAACAUCAUUGCACCACAGCAGCCGCAACUGCCUCCUCCUGAUCUUUUGAUGCAAACAUCAACUUGUGGCUCGACAUGGGGUGCUGCACUGGGUGGUACUGUAUCUGCCAGCUUGCAGGUAGGGUCAUCGACCAUGGUGCCUGCAAUGGUUGAUCCAGCUCCCGGCCCCUCUGAAUCUUGCAUGGUGCAACAACAGAAUCAAGGAUUCUAUCUUUCGUUGUUGAUGCAAGAUGAUGAAAUAAUAAAUGACUUGCAAUUCUUGCAUGAUGAGGGUGGUUCCAGUGCUCUUUAG